AUGAACAUCGAAUAGUUAAUAUUGAAAUUAAAAAUAGAACUAACAAAUAGAUAAAUCGAGAAGUACAAUAUCAACCCAAAAAUAAAAAAAAUUGAAAUCAAAAUAUUUAGCGUAAUAAUUGUUUUAACUUUAAAAGAAAAUGCUAAUCAAAAACUUAUAGGUUAUUUUAAAAUUAUAUAAUUUGGGAUUGACCAUAAUGAGGCGUUUCAGGCCAUUGAAACAUAGAGAAUGAUAUAAUUUGAAGAGGCAAGGAACUGCACCUGUAAUAACAAUGUUGGACCCCUUAUCUCUGAAGUUUGUAAGAGUUUUUAUCUAUGCUUAUGUAGCCUAUCAUGAAAAUUUCUAGACGCACUACCACAAUCAAUAAAGUUACUGUUCAAUAUUCUUGAUGAAUCAUAUAUUUUGUGUGGUAUAAGAAUAUAAAAAUUUUUGGACCAGUAUUAGUUGUAGAUUUACGUUUGGUAAAUCAAUUAAUUCACAAUUCAAAAAUUACUUGCAAGUCUGA